CAUUUAUUGAUUGCCUUGUUGUUUGUGCUAGGUUAGGUACUCAGCCGUUUAAGUAAUGCCUCAGGUAUACCUGCUUAUACUCGGUUGCCAUUUUAAUAAUUCGCCCCCCAACAUAUUCUAAGUUAUCUGAACUUUCAAACUAUACGGGAGUAUCCCCCACGACAUCACUCAGCAAACUAUGAUGUCUAGUUCAGCAGUAGAUGACAUCCGCGGCUCUAUUAUUGGUUGUCAUGACCGGGAGAUGCUCCCACCAAAAGCUUUGGUACUGGAUCGUGUGAUGGAAGGCCAGCCGUUAGCAUCGCAGAGCAGGCUUCUCCGACUUCCAUCCGAUAUCUUAACUGAUAUAGUCAAUCUCUUAAUUGGCGACAGGCUAACUCUGGCCUCAUUGGCCUUGGUUAAUAGCGACUGUAGGCAGUUGGCUCGCUCGGGCCAGUUCGCCGACAUCAACUUUGACCAGAUGCUCUCUCGAUCGCAGCAGCUGCUAUCAAAGCUCGAUCAAGAGCAUAUAUCUAGGAUGAAUAACAGUAAACCGGGUCUAACUAUCGGUGCUUGCGUGCGGAGGAUCGAAACGACAUCAUACUCACAAUUUAGACAUCGUUUUAUAGGAAUGAAACCUUUCCGUACCGGGACCGAAUAUGAAGAGCAGGCUCGCCAGGACUACGAGUCAAUGCGUGCCAACUUGCAAAGAGUCAUCUGCUCCGCUCUGCCUAACCUGGAGGUUAUUUUUUGGCAUGAUAACUAUGCUAUGGACACUUCGUUUUUUAAAAGCAUAAUGCAGUCGCCUGCCCGGCAUGUAUGGCUCAGUGAACUACCUAUGGGGAGACAAGGCGUUGCUACAUUUCCAGAACAACAUCCCAUACCCUCCAUUUGGCCUUUGAAGUCUCUUGUCAUCUUUCCAUUCCUAGAGCAAUUGCCCCUAGAGCCUAGACGAGAGGAGAUGCAAUCCGGGCUUGCGUCAGGUCGAGUUUUCGAAGCAAUUAUCCGAUCUUAUGCGCCCACUCUCGAGUAUCUGACAUGGCUUUUCGGAAAUCAUUCCAUAAAUAGACAGCCUGUAUCGCCAGCCUCUAACGGCAGUCCUAUCACGUUCCCUAGUCUCCGGUUUUUAAGACUCGGGGACUUAGGACCUCCUCAGUCCAUACUUCCGUCGUUAUUCAACGCUCCUCUAAGGCACCUCUCAAUACAUCUACGGCCCGAUUAUGAGCUCCGGGAUAUUCUUGCUAAUUGCGAUACUCUUCGGGAUCUUGAAACAUUAAUUAUGUCACCUCUCCCCCAAUGCAGAGAAUACGCGGAAUUCAUUGCAGGCUUUAUCAAAAGACACGAGCACGUAACGAAAUUACACGUGGCGGAAGAUGCGCAGGCGCGUGGCGAGACGGCUCAUCUCGACACGUGUAUUAUACUGCCGCUAUUUUCUACGGGGACCUUCGAGCGUCUCAGGACGCUCUCGUUAUCGUGGGGUGGAUGCGACACUAGAACAAGAGAGCGCUGUACAGUUCCGGUGUCGCAAGCCUCGUUGGCGGCUAUCGCGCGACUAACGUCUCUCGAGGAGCUGAGGCUCGCCGGGGGAGCCCGAGGCUCACCGCGCUGCCAGUGGCUGGAAGAUCAUGCCGAAUUGCGUGCUAUAUUCUCCCAGUUGAAGAAGCUGAGAAUCCUGUCUCUCCAGUCCGACACGUACCCGUGGGAUGAGCUCUCCACCGAAGACUCCAGGAGGUACUACGUAGCCCAGUCGUUUACGGAGGACGAGAUGUCCGACGUGACGGCGAGGCCGGAUCUCGAGGAGAACCCGGGAGACCUGGCCCGAGUUAUCAACGGAGGAGGUGGCAGGUUCGGUAAGGGACAUAUAUUAAUGGAGCUCCUCCACCGCAAUCGCAUGCUCAAGCUGACCGAGGUCUGGGCUGCCGAGUUUCCCUGCCUGAAGUGGACUUACUUUGGUGAGCGCUUUAUUGGCAUUGAGGUGGACCGAGAGAACCCUAGCCGUAAGAAGGCUGUGCCACUGACGCGGAAUAGGGCCGAGCCUAGUCAAUUCCUGGAAGAUGUAUUUACCAUCGCUGGUUUUGAGAAGUAACUUUCGUGUAUUAGGUACAUGCGUGAUUUGCUAUGGGAUGGGGCGUUGGGAUGAAGGGCAUUAGCCCCUGUAGCGGCAGAGGCCUGGGAAUUUUAACCAUUAGACAAGGCUUUAACUGUUGGUAUAGGUGUUAAGAUACCUAACCGUUGCCUUAGGAGCAAUGCUUGAGAUGUAUAAUGAUCAUUAAUCAGAGACCAACAUUAAGCAUGUGCCUAAUGUUAAGCGUAUGUCCAAUAUUAAAAAAUGCUAAAAAAAAAUCUCUCUAAACCAUUUUUUCGAAUUUUCUUCUUUUAACAUAUAAAUCUAAAAAUCGAAUAAACUUUUAGGAAAAAAAAAACCUUAAAUAGU